AUGGCCAUAAAAAUAACUCCCAAAACUGCAAUCACAUUUAUAAAAGUAAUAAUUGCUUUAUCCUUUUCGUGGCCGCUCUCAAAGAACGCUAGUAAAUUUCAAGUAAUACGCUUCAAAAUUUUACGCACUUUACUCUGUAUAAAUGCAGUGAUAUUGAGUAUACCGACAGCAUACACCCUUUAUCGUAAUGAUUACAAUCUAGCAAGGAUAACGAAGUUAUGGUGUUUAUUGGGCGCGUUUAUACAAAUCCCUCUGGAGAUAACACAAUGCGCACUGCAAUAUGACCGAUUGCAAUAUUUAAUUUCGGAAAUGGAGCAUAAUAUCAAGUAUGCGAAGUCUUACGAGAAAAAGCUCUACCAACAAUACGUUGAUAGAUGCGCGAUAUUUUACGUAAGCUUCACAACGGCAGUUUUUCUCGGUGCGAGUAUAACAGCAACAGUACCAUUCAUAGCGGCCGAUCAGAUUUUUCCAACAGAUGCAAAAUAUCCUUUCGACGUAGAAUAUGAACCAGUAAAGACUAUCAUCUUUUUGCAUCAGUUUGUCGCUAUUUGGCAGUGCUUCUCCAUCGUUUGUAUUGGUAGUUUUGUCGGUCUUCUCAUAUGGUUUGUCGCAGCACGUUUUGAAAUCUUGUCCGAACAAUUUCGUAUGGUCACCGACAUUUAUGACAUCACUGCGUGUGUACGACAACAUAUGAAAUUAUUGAGAUACGCUCAAGAAGUAAUAAUUGCCUUUCGUUCAGUGAUAUUAUCAAUAAUAAUCAUUUGUACGUGGGCGAUUGUAGCUAGCGGUCUAACAAUUGUAAGCCGAAGUACGUUAACAGAGAAAAUACAGUUUAUGGCUCUAUGUACAUCAGGACUUAUGGAAGUUUAUGCAUGUGCUUGGCCAGCCGAUUAUUUAAAAGAUACGAGUACUAGUGUCGCACAAGCAAUUUACGAAUCGUUGUGGUACAAUCAAGACAAGAUUUUUCAAAAAAAUUUAAAUUUUAUCUUGUUGAGGAGUCAAACACCAACAACCGUCUCUGUUUCUAUCCUUCCAGCUUUAUCAUUACAAUUUUAUGCAUCGGUAAGGUUUUAG